CGGCGCGCGGAGCUCCGGGAGCCAGGCGGGCAGCCGCGCAGUCACGACGGAGCAGCCGCGGGACUGGCCGCCCCGCGCCCCCUUCGCCGCCGUGCCCUUCCCCGGCGCGCUUACCCCCUUCUCGGGAUGGGAUUGUAGCGGCGGCGCGGAUUCGGCGGGGAUCGCGGCGGAGGUGGCGGCGGCGGCCGAGCGGGGCUCCAUGUUUUCCCCCAGCCAGGAGGAGCCCUGCGCCCUCAAUAAGGAGCCGGUCAAAUACGGAGAGCUGGUGGUGCUGGGGUACAAUGGGGCUUUACCCAAUGGCGACAGAGGGCGGAAAAAAAGCAGAUUCGCACUCUACACGCGGCCCAAGGCCAACGGCGUCAAGCCCAGCACGGUGCACGUGCUCUCCACGCCCCAGGCCUCCAAGGCCGUCAGCUGCAAAGGUCAGCACAGCAUAUCCUACACCUUGUCCCGGAACCAGACGGUGGUGGUGGAAUACACGCACGAUAAAGACACGGACAUGUUUCAGGUGGGCAGAUCAACGGAAAGCCCUAUCGACUUCGUUGUUACAGACACAAUUUCGGGAAGUCAGAACAACGAUGAAGCCCAGAUCACACAAAGCACCAUAUCCAGGUUUGCCUGCAGGAUUGUGUGUGACAGGAGCGAGCCUUACACAGCACGGAUAUUCGCCGCUGGGUUUGACUCUUCCAAAAACAUAUUUCUUGGAGAAAAGGCAGCAAAAUGGAAAAACCCCGAUGGCCACAUGGAUGGGCUAACCACAAACGGCGUCCUGGUGAUGCACCCUCGAGGGGGCUUCACCGAGGAGUCCCAGCCCGGGAUCUGGCGUGAGAUCUCCGUCUGCGGGGAUGUGUACACCUUGCGAGAAACCAGGUCGGCCCAGCAGAGGGGAAAGCUGGUGGAAAGUGAGACCAAUGUCCUGCAGGACGGCUCCCUCAUUGACCUGUGUGGGGCCACUCUUCUCUGGAGAACGGCAGACGGCCUUUUUCACACUCCGACCCAGAAGCACAUAGAAGCCCUCCGGCAGGAGAUCAAUGCUGCUCGGCCUCAGUGCCCCGUGGGGCUCAACACCUUGGCCUUCCCCAGCAUCAGCAGGAAAGAGGUGGUGGAGGAGAAGCAGCCCUGGGCAUACCUCAGCUGUGGCCACGUGCACGGGUACCACGACUGGGGCCACCGAAGUGACACGGAGGCCAAUGAGAGGGAGUGUCCCAUGUGCAGGACUGUGGGCCCCUACGUACCCCUCUGGCUGGGCUGUGAGGCAGGAUUUUACGUAGACGCAGGACCGCCAACCCAUGCUUUCACCCCCUGUGGACACGUGUGCUCAGAGAAGUCUGCAAAAUACUGGUCUCAGAUCCCACUGCCUCAUGGAACCCAUGCAUUCCACGCCGCGUGCCCUUUCUGCGCGACACAGCUGGUCGGGGAGCAGAACUGCAUCAAAUUGAUUUUCCAAGGUCCAAUUGACUAAUGCCCUUGACAGCCACCUACAACUUUAUUAACAAAUUACUGUGAAGAUUUUGCCACUAAUUCUAGAUUUUCCUUUUUGUAAUGCUAUUGAUUGAGGGGAAAGGGCCGAGGUCUGGGAUGUAGGAGGGGCCACCGUGAUGAAACUCGGCCAGAGUGUGACAGAUGGCAGCUGUGUGUGUUGUGCUCAGAGCCACAGCACCGUCAUGGGAGUCUGCUUGACUAAACCAUAAUACCUUUGUAAUAAUUGGAUUUUAAAUGCUGUGCUUUUAUUUUUAACCUUGGAUUUUUAACCAAGUUUUUUUCCUUUGUAAACUUGGACGGGAUUUUGUCCUAUUUUACAAACAUAGAAGAAAUUCAUUCAAAAGUUGUUGUCACAUUAAUGUGUGACCUUCAGUGCUGUGUAAUACGGGUGGCAGUAAAUCCUGUACGGAUGGCAGCUAAAUCUGACCACAUACCAAAGGGGUGGCCCUACAGUUGACAGCGCAUGGAAGACCUUAGACGCAAGUGGUUAUUUUGAAAUCUGGGGCUUUUUUCUGAUUUCAUUUUUUUUUUUUACUUUUGGAGGACAGAAUAUUCAUACACUUUGGGCUUUUUUUAACUUCACUAGAAUUUACUUUAUACACUCAUUCAUCAAAAUUGUGGCAUUUCAGACAAAGAGUUUUGCAUAACUUUUUAGUCUGCCUUUUGUUAUUUCUACCUAAUAUAAUUUGUCACUAAUACUCAUCUUGCAGGGCCAAAACUGUUUGGUUCAUUAAAAUGUGUCAGCUCUUAAAAAUUAAUUAACCGAGGGUGAUGAUUACAGCAGUAGACGUGGCCUGGGUAUUAUACUACCAAGUUUAUUUGCUUACUGAAUUGUUUUAAGAUUUAAGAAUGACUAAAAGUAAGCUUUUACUUUUUAAAACCACUUGGGGUUUUAUAAGGUUUAUAGUUUUCUUCUUUAAGAAAGCCAAAGUAAUUCUGUGAGUCUAAAAACAAAUCCCAGUGAUCGAGUCAUUUUUGUUCAAUCCUUCACCACAUCUGUCACCUUCCCUUGCUUAUGAGCCCUGUGAGUUUUGAAAAUGUUUGCAAAUCACACUAAAUUUAAAUAUGAUCAUUAGAUACACACAACACCAAGUGGUACAGCUGCAGAGAUCAUUUGAAAUUCUUGAUUUUCAGUGAGCAAAUGAGGAAUAAUUAAAUCAGAAUUUCAUAUGAGCCCCCCCCCCCCGCCAUUAGUUCAUUCUGUAUGAUGAAGAUUCCUGGGCACUCAUUUUCCAUGUUUGGGGCCAGCAGGGUCAGCACCCCCAGAAAUCAGAGGUCCCUCAGGGCAUGGAGACCACUGGAGGAAGCUGGCUAAGAUCAGUUACACCCCUGCCGGUGAAGCAAGUAUGUAUUAACACUGUCAUUCUCUUAAAUUGACCAUUGCACAUUUGGGUGACCUUUUUUAACUUUUGUAAAUAUCUAUAAUUUAUACGACUCUAAUAUACUAUGUCUAUACUUGAAUUGGUGGGUCCAGGUUCUGCCUCCCGCAGAUAUUUUGCCAGCUUGCAGUGCUCCAACCCAGUUGAUAUGAUCUAUUACUCUUGAUUGCUGCUGCUUAAUCUGAGUUAGUAUUUUAAACAGUCAGCCUCUCAGUUUUAAAACAGCUUUAUUUUUCAAUGGAGGUCAUUGUUUAAGAUGAGGCAUUUUGGAUUUUGGUUUGGUUUGCUAAUUUUUAAUUGGUGUAAAAAUUUAACAACAGUCGUCUCACUAACAGCUUCCUCUAUUCUAUAUAGCUUAUCUUACCUACAGACAGAAAAUGAAUGGAAAAAAAUGGACUUGCCUAGAAUAAUAUAUUGAAUGCCUUUUGAUUUAGCCAGAGUCUCCAAUGAUGAGCUUUCACUGAUAAGGGUCUGUCUUCUCAGCCUGUGAUUCUUCAGGCUCCAAAGAUUGAUAAAGGAGGCUCUUGUUUCCCUUUCCUUGCUCUAUGGCUUGAAGAUGGUUUAAGGGUUCUUCAUACCCUAAAAUCAUCUUAUAAGAUUAAUGUUCUUACAUACAGAAAGGCCAGAUUUUACCUACCAAAAAUUUUUUUUCCAAAAAAGUUAUGUAUAUCAUAAGUCUAGUAGUUCUGCAUGUAUGUGACAAGUGCCCAGAAAUAAAAUUACCUUCCAACCUGAAGUUUUGGACUUACAGUAAACUCAGAUACCUUAAGUGUAAACUGAAAUUUGGGCGCUGAGUUCCAAGCCCUUGGAAGGGCAACAGUGAGUCCCUCUCUGUCAGCUCCUGUCUUUUCCUCUGGCUUCGAGGAGCUGCAGCAGGUGUCAAGUCUGGAGAAAGGAGACCAUGCUGAUCUUGGCUGCCUGGAGUAAGAUCCACCCCUUAUAAUGUGGACUAAUAAGAUUCUUUCAUGAUUUUUUCCCCAGAGUUGAAAGCAAUUUAGUUUGUGAGAAUAAAAAACUCUAGCUCACCAAGGACAGUAAUACAGUUCGGAAAAGUUAACUUCUGAAAAGUCACUUCUGUUUUUAUUCGCUUGCCAUCCCAUUAUAGGAUGAGUCCUGCUCCCCAAUGUGUAUAUGAACAUAAGGAAAUUGCUGACCAGUUUGAUCUUGGCCUGACUAAAAUGCCUUUUGUGAGUAGGUUUCCAUAAGUAAAGCCCCAGUGUUGUAUUCCCUUAGAAAAAUUUUUUUUCAGUUGUUUAUGUCAGUUUACUACCAAAAAAAAAAAAAAAAAGAUUCAGAGUGGAUGGAGCACAACUCUGAGUAUUUUUCUAGUCUGGAAUUUUUAUUAAUAAUUGGUGCUGCCGGGUCUUGCCUGCUGCAACCCUCAAUGUUUCCCUUAUUUGGGUCGGUUUUUUGCAGAAAGGGCUACAGUUCAUACUGCAGAGUAAGUAUUAAGUUUCCUGGAUUUUUACCCUUAACUGUGGCCCAAAAGAAUUAAAAUUUGUUAAUAUAAAGAGCAUAUUUAUCAUUCCCCAGUAGUUACUUGUAGAGUUUGGUAACUUUUUGCCUCAGGGAUGCCACGUGACAUAUAGCUGGUUAUAGAACUUCAGGGUUAGGGUUUAAAGAAAGGAGCAAGCCAUUGGAAAAAUGAUAGGCUUCAUUAAGGAGACUAAUGAAUCUGUAUGCAGAAAUAUGCUGGGAACUGGCAUAAACAUGAUUGUAGUAGAAUUUAUUUUUCAGUACCAAUAGGGAAAUUAUUCUAAGUUAUCACAUACACUGUGUUAGGAAAGUUGAGGAGAACUCUUUUCUUCAUUAAGCUUCAAUGCCUUUGAUUUCUGCUUUUAUAGAAAAACUUAAACCUCUUAUGUAGGAGCUCAGUAUUGUUAUUUUGGCACUUUUGAGAGUUUAAAGCAUGUUUUCUACUUAAUUUGAGUGUAAUAUAGGUUAGAUAGAAUUGUUACCUGCAGUUCUAUGAUUCUGCUCACUUCUCUUUUUUAAAGCCGUUCUGUUCUUCUGUUGUGCAUGAAAGGGUGUACAAUCACAGCAGUGUUGAUGCUGUGUGACUUAAUCACCAUGCAAUCCUGCCUGGGAACAGUGGAACUUGUGAUACACAAACCCCACUGGACCUUGACUGUAAGCCAAAUCCAGCCCCGCCCCUUGGCUGUGGGCCUUACAUCCCAGUGGUUAGUCUCUGCAGGCUACGGGUGUGCUGUUCCUCCCUCAGGGCUGGGGUAGAGCACAGCUCUUUCUUCAUUUCCGUAGGAUUCAAAGGCCAGUAAGACUUUAGGAUCAUUUUAAAAGAAUGUAAGCAUGAUUGAAGCAGUAAAACAAAAGAAGGUUCAGUAUUUUCUUUUGAGUAAAACUUAAAUCUUUCAAAUAAGUUUUUGCCCUGAUGAAGAAUCCCCUAGAGAAAGAUAGGGGAAAAUGAAUAUUUUUCCAGUUCUACUUUACUGUUUGUAAACAUGUUUUUAGACAAACAAAUAAACUAGAUGAAAGGAAAUCUGUUUCUUUUUAGCUGAGCUGACAGAUUGCUUUUCUGUAUUAAUCUAGAACUUUAAGGGGGUGGUCAUAUUUACCAUGGAUAGUGUUAUGAGCAGUCAAACUUUAUGAAUAUAUUUGUAAGAUUGUUCUUUUAUAUUUCAUGUCAAAUUGAAAAGUUUAUUUCUUCACUAUUGUACCUGUGGAAAUACAAGCCAUUUUACAGGAAAAAUCUUCAAAACCUAUUAAAUGGAUCUCAGUACACUGUAUGU